UCCGGUCGAGCUUUACGCGUCGCACGCGCCCAGACGGUGUGCGCCAUCGUCGUUGUCGUCAUCUGUCGUGGACGUGGUCGAUAUACCACUCCGUUUUUGGUUAAGUUUCCUCUCGUUCAUCUUUUGCGUUUUGUUUUUUCCUCCUGUUUAUCGACCGACAGUACUAUUAUCAUUCCCCUCCCUCAUCUCGCUGACGUGAAGGUACUAAUUAUCAUCAUCAUCUGCAUUAAUAAUUUGCCGUAACCCGUUAAAACAUUUGCCAACGAUUCUCCGAAGUCCCGAUGUGACGGUCACCGGCUGGAUUGCUUUUUACUGCAGAUCUGUUUCAAGAACUGUGGAUGAAACAUUUGUGAAAAACAGCGUCAUGAUAAUGAGACCAAAACAAAUGACUGGCAAACGACGUUAAAUUUAAAAACGAACAUGACGUAUUGGUUGUUGUUCAUGUUGUCCAUCUGGCCAGCUGUGGUCUCGUCAGAGGGUUGCAAGUUCCCAACCAGAUGGGAGGGCGUGUGGUUCCAGUCCGGUAUCCGGCAGUCGAUCGUCGUACAGGCUAACAGGUUCAGCAUCAAAGGCAAGUGCGUGGAUUCAGACGGUGACAAGUUUCUGCUAUCGGACGAGAAAAAGCCGUGUUACCGGUGCGUGGUCAUUCACGAGAAACAUCACAACGUUCUCCAAUACAAAGAGACCUUCUGCAACGAAAUGGGCACGCUGAAGACCAUCUGCCCGCUGAUCACCGGCGACGCACUCCUGUACUCCAUGUUCCGAGAGUCCGGAAAUCCCAUGCAGUGCCCGUUCAAGCCACCGUACACGUUCACGUACAACCGCGGUCACGGUGACUGCAGGAAUCCCGUUUCCACGGUAGAGGCUUGUACCCAGGAUUCGAGGCUCUUGAUCCGGUACCAGGCGUGUCCGGAUGUCGAAGGGUCGGAGAGCGCCCUCGAAGAAGUUGAGUGCAUUGCCGGUUGGAAAGAGGGUUCGUACCGAUUCCUCGUGGGUAGGGUUCACCACAGCAACGGUAUACCAAUGUCAACAGAAGACCGGUUUAAGUGUUUUAUAUACGAGCGAACGACAUCUCAGAGACAACUGAAAGGUUCUGGUUCUUCUGGAGACGUCGAAUACAGAGUGGCACAGUCCGGCGACGCCACGUGCAGUGGACUUUUCAGUCCUCUCGAAGGGUCAAGGACUAUGAUAUUAAAAAAAGAGACAUUUGAGACGAAAUGCAGCUUCCCGUUGUGGCUGACUGAAAACCAGAGGUGGCGGACGUUGGAUCACGGCAAAACGUUCACGUUCCUCCAUCACCACAACAACAACACGUUGAAGCUGGUGUCCAGCUCGUUAGAUCGCGUGUUUGCAGCGCAGACCAUACAGGCAUCACACCAGUUCUUCUACAAUCAGCCGUUGGUGGCACCUCUGCCUGGACACGAGAUGAAAUUCUCCUGUCAGCAGGAAAUGGAAGAGUUACCGCACCGGUUCAGGGUGAUGGCGCACUACGUUACCGGAUGUCAAAGCGGAUACAUUUGUUUGGACUUCCACCGGAGGGCGCACGACUUGGCAGAACUUCAAAUGGGUCAGCCGAGCAGGAGACCGGAAGACGCGUGUAACUCCCCCAACUUUGAUGCGCACGCUACGGAUUCAAUUACGCUAGUGGCUUCCAAGUCAGACUUUCGAAAUUGCCCUUAUAAAGGAAUUUACACGAUAAAAAAAGUCAGUAAAAGCAUUUCGUGGAACGAUGUAUCUUCAAUUUUACCAAGUAAAACAAAUCUAAAUUUACCGGUGGACUUAUUAACUUCCGACAAUCAUCCGUCUAUUGUGUUAACAACGACAUCGCCGCCUUCGCCCAAACGUCACUCUUCCGAACACUACGAGAAAUCCUCGGACGAUUGGAGUGUGACGUACAAGAAGUUACAGCCUGACUUGCCAAGUCUGGUAAGGUCCAGAAAGAACAUAAGCAAGGAAUUCGAAAGGCAAUCGGAAUACGACGACGACGAGGAGGUGAUAUUGCGCAGAGUCAAAAGGAAAGGUCGAAGGAUUUUGAGCAGCAAAACAGUCGCCGACGAAGAAUGCAAGUUGAACUUGACUUCGAUUGUGUUUUCCUGUGGAUCCGCUGACUCAAUAGAAUUAGUGGCAGAAUGUCCUAGAUUAACACACAUACGAUCAGCCUACAAGUGUCACGGGGGCUGGAAAGAGAACGGUACGAUGCACCAGAUAAUCAGCAGCGACUUGCCGUCGGCAGCCGGCUGGAAGAAGUUGUACUGUCUUGCGUACGUCAAAUGGCCUCCGGAUCGAUUGCAGGUGUCCGUGUACGCGGAUAACUGCAACCCCAACAACAACCGAACUGCGGCCACUGGGUCUGACGAAGGGCUCGUCUUGUCAUUUAACAUUUCGCUAUCGCCAUCCGUCGAGAAGCCGUGUAACGAGGUCAAUGAGUCGACGGUCGUCGGGGCUACCUUGACCAUGAUAGUGGUCGCAGUUGGUCUACUCUUCCUGCGGCAAUCGGCGGCCAGAUGAUUUUCGUAUUAAGUCACGCAAAUUCUCAAAGCCGUAAUGCCGCUACCGCCGAAAAUAAUAUUGUGUGUAUACGUCAUUGUUUCGUUGUUUCCUUAUAGCAAAUGCAUUUUGACAAAACUUUAUUUUUUUUCUACAUAGUGUAAAUAAUAUUAUUAUACUAACACACACACACACACACACACACACACACACACACACACACACACACACACACACACAUACACACAUACACACACAAAUGUGAGCGCGCGAGCGAUUAUCUUUAUUAUGGUUCUUGAAGUGUAUAUAGAGACGGAUGAAAACGAAACAUAUUUUGUGUCGCUAUUUGAGAUGAUAUUUUGAAAAAAAAAAAGAUUUACGUUGUAAUGAUGUUAUGAUCGCCCGCUGUUUGUUUUAUUAAAUAAUAAUAUAUACGUAUAAUAAUAUUAUGAUGAUGUAUAGCGAAUAGUGUAUACGUAUACAAGACUGAUCGCCGUUUUUCAUACCUUUCCGUGGUCGCGCUUUGUUCAGUUGGAAUUUGUGGGUUUGUGGUGGUGAGGUAGUUGGUGGUUGGGGAUGUGGAGAAACGGAGGGCGCGUGAUAUCCUGCACUCGGCGCUGUUUCACUCGACGGUCAUCAAGUGCCACGUAGUUCUAAUGAAAAAAAAAAAAAAAAAAUGCUGCAAGAGACCAUCGUAUAUAUUAUAUUAUCAGUGCUAAAUAGUGUCGAAAGUCAUAAUAUAGAUAAAGGUACUGAACAGCUCUCCGUUAUCGCGGACACGACGAUGAUGUUAUGAUAUGGUCCACGACAGGAGUGUAAAAAGGGCCGACGACGACGAGGGCGCACUCGAACCCGGCACGCAUUAUAUUAUAAUGAUAUAUGGAAAUGAUCGAGGGGAGGGGGUGAGGGAAGAAUAGAAGAAUAAAAAAAAAUCAGUUUUCGAGUGCCAAUCUUUUUUAUCCCCCGCGCAGUUAUAAUAAUAGUACUACGUAUAUAGAUCGUCGUCGAUGAAAAUGAUUUCGAGAAUUCGCAUUCGUCGGCGGAAACGGAUACGGAGCGCGCGUGACGUACUGCUGCGAUAAUUUCCGACCGGGAAACUCUGUAGGAGAAAAAGGUUACGUGGUUGCGUCCUGCCACUUGUUCGACGCGAGUCGAGUUUGAAACACUCUAUUAUUACUGUAUAACUUACUAUUAAAUAGGCAAUUAUUAAAAUACAAUAUAAUAUAUAUUUAAUAUAGUAUUAAAUAUAAGAAACGCGUAAAUUAAUGGUUUUUGUUUGUUUUGUUUUCUAUUCGUCUCGAGAAAAAUGUGUGAUGGAAACGCGGGCAAUAAUAUUUUUGUAGAUAAUAUAAAACAAUAUAAUAAGUUAUGAUGUACCUAUACGAGUGUAAUAAUCAUAACAAUUAUGUUAUGUGUUAAAAAAAAACCUAGUGAUAAUUUAUUGAACUCGUGUAUACACGUAUUAUGUUAUAUUAUUAUUAUUAAAACACGACGUUAUUGUGAUGCUUCUAUUACUGUACGUCUGCGAUGACUUAGUCUGUAUCGUCUCUCCUACGUACAUAAUAAAAUAUAAUAAUAUGUCGUUUAUAUAUUAUUGUAGGUACUAUUUAGUAUUUAUUACCUAUGCCCGAUGAAAUUUAUAAACACAACGUGUUUUAAUGAUAAUGAUAAUAACAUGAUAUGGUGUUCACUAAUAUAGCAAUAAUGUUGUAAUUCGUCGUGAUUUUGUUAAUUUUCGUAUCGUUUUAAAACGAAAUUAAAAUAAUAUAUAAAUGUACCUAUAACAGUGUAAUAUCGCAGCGCGUUAUUAUUUUUAUUAUUAUUAUUAUUAUUAAUAUUAUUAUUAUUAUGUACAGUAGAAGAAUUAUAACUUAAUACUUAUACUCGGGAAAGCUCACCCUGGGUCGGCGAGGUUAUCGUGUUUUUUUUUUUUUUUUGUUUUGUUUUGAACCAAAAGAGUCUUAGACUCUAUUCAGACUCAAAAAUCAGCCGGUAUGAUUUAAUAUAUUAUUUCGAAUAUUAAUUUUGUGUUGGUUCAAUAUUUACGACCCGAUAAUUCUUACUCGAAAUCCACACAUUAGUAUCACAAUAUAAUCUCUACUCGACAAACAAGCGCAGCGUAAAUUUAAGUACCUCCAUCACCGUAACAAUUAUGUUAUAAUUUUUUGUUUUCACUUCUCAUAUUUAAAUGGUAAUUCUUCGUCGGCACUCAAUUUUAUUACGUUUCGUAUCAAUCAAUGAUUACAUAAUAUUUUAAUAAUAUAUACGUCCUAAUCGAACGGGCAAACAAACUCUGUCGUUGUGCGCGUAAUAAUAUUAUAUGUUUACAACGUUUUAGUGUGGUAAUAUUACAUUAAUUCAUAUAUUAUACAUAUUAUAUUAGGCAAAUUAUAAGUAGGUACGCCACCUCUUAUAUCUAAAAAUAAACCCGAUAUUAUUCUCUAAACGGUGAUCGUAAUUUUUCGGAAAUAAGCUAUUUUUUUUUCGUUUCGCUCACUCGGUGAUGUGGACCUCUACAUCAAUAUAGUCUAGCUCCUUCAAAUCGUUAUUAUAAUAAUCUAAUAUAAUUUUUUAUUAAUAAUAUUGUAAUACGCGUGAUUUGACUACCUGCGAGAUCGCAUACACUGGUGCAGCGUACGCCUACACAGUAGAUGAUACCCGUACCCACUGCACGGGAGUUAACGAUAAAUACAAUUAAUAUUAUGAUGUUUAUUUUUCAAAUAUUAUGAGGGGCAAAUCGACUGAUUGUGAUAAUAGUUUUACGUUUAUAUGAAAAAAAAAAAUUAUAAUAAAUAAAUGAAUACUUAAUAAUAAUAAUAAUGAUUUUGAUUCGUAUGGAUUUAAAAUGAAUUUAUAAGCUAGUUGACGGCUGAGAGUAAUUGAAUUGUACAAAUUUCGCAAUGAACUUGUGAUGUUCUUUUUUGUUCGAAAAAAUUUUAAUACUUUUUUUUUUUUUACAAAAAUGUAUUAUGUUAGACCAAAUCAUGUUUAGAUUACGUAAUUAGACGAUAAGGAAAAUGACGUACAACAUAGGUUUAGUAUAUUUGUUAUUGUAAUAUUAUUUGAUUUUCCUUUUUUUUUAAUUUGUAUAAUUUUAUGAAUAGUAAUAAUUGGAAUUUAGGUGCCUUGAUUAGCUCGUUGUUAGAAUCUUCUUAUCUAUUUGAGAGUACAAAAUACUGAUUUAAAAAACGCACAGUUUCCGCUGAGCACGCACACAGUGGUUAUAUAUUUUAAUAUGCUUGUGUACGUGUGAGCGAGUGUGCUUCUAUAUUUAUACAUACUAUGUUUGUUAGUCUUAUUGCUUUAUAUAAAACAAUAUGUACACGAAACGAAAAUGUUGUGAAUUCUAAACGAAAAGAUAAAUAGGUACUAUAAUAUGUAUAUUAUUAUGAACUAUAUUAUAAUAUAUUAUUUUCGUCUGACCGCGAUGGGCUCGACGAAACGUCGUCGAGAUUACAGACACCGUUCUUUCCACCUUCGAUUCUCUUCUUUAAUAUUGUUGUCAUGAAUACACAACUGCAGAAUAUUGUUGUAAUGGCGUGUCAACAAUAAUCGUUAUAAAAUACCUAAAUGUAGUAAAUAAUAUUAAAUUCCGUAGUUCUAACUGACACGUUCGUGAUGUAUACUUUCGAAAGUCGAUUUAAUUUUUACAAUACUAAUAAUAGUAAAUACGCAUACCGCAAAUAAAUACAAUAUCUCGCUUUAAAAUAAAACGGCUCGGGGCCAAUUCAAAGCGUAUAUAUUCUAUUUUCAGCAUAAUAUUAUUGUACACUGGAAACGUAAUGCGUACAAUAAUAUUGGUAUUUUUUCUUGGUUACUGUAUUGUUUUAUUCCAAGCACAAAGAUAAUUAAAAAAUCAUAACUGCAACGUUGCGACACACUCGAGUACACCGCAUGUUACAUGCAUUAUUAUAUAUAUAUACCUAGUUAAAUAAUAUAUAUUUAAGUCACAGUUAAUAAUUAAUAACAAUUUGUUACCGAUGUUUUUAUUAAUUUGUUCGUUUUUUUUUUUUUUUUUGUCAUUGUUGAACUAUUUUAGAAUUAAUCUGUAUCGUUUAAACGACUACCGGAUAUUAUAUACAAUUGAAAAGUAGAUUAAAUUAUUAUUAUUAUUAUUAUUAUUAUUGUAACACGUUUUUAAUUUUCUUGUAGCUGAAUUAAUAAAGACUUUAGUUCAAUAUUAAACAUAUUUAUGUUGGCAACUACAUAAUAA